UAAAAAUGUAGAAAGAGCGACUGUAGUUAGAGUGAGUGAGAAGACAGUAGCAAGAAGCAGAAUUUCUGCGAGAAGCAGCGAAGCGAAGAACUAAUGAUCCACUAUGCGGAGCCAGUCUCUCCAGUAGCAUGGAAAAGUACGAAAAGGUGAAACAAAUUGGGGAGGGCUCAUUUGGAAAAGCCAUCCUGGUGAAAUCCAAAGAUGAUGGACGCCAGUAUGUCAUCAAGGAGAUUGGCAUAUCUGGAAUGUCAAGUAAAGAGAGGCAGGAGUCCAGGAGAGAGGUUGCUGUUCUUGCCAACAUGAGUCAUCCCAACAUUGUGCAGUAUAAGGAGUCUUUUGAAGAAGGGGGAUGUCUUUACAUUGUCAUGGACUACUGUGAGGGAGGGGACCUUUUCAAAAAGAUCAAUUCUCAGAAAGGAGUGCUGUUUCCUGAGGAGCAAAUCCUAGAUUGGUUUGUGCAGAUUUGCCUGGCCCUGAAGCACGUACACGGGCGGAAAAUUCUCCACAGGGACAUUAAAUCUCAGAAUAUAUUUUUGACAAAAGAAGGGACGGUUCAACUUGGGGACUUUGGGAUCGCGAGGGUCCUGAACAGUNCUGUUGAACUGGCGAGAACAUGCAUAGGGACUCCAUAUUACUUAUCACCAGAGAUCUGUGAAAACAAGCCGUACAACAAUAAAAGUGAUAUUUGGGCCCUAGGGUGUGUACUCUAUGAAAUGUGCACUCUUAAGCAUGCAUUUGAAGCUGGCAACAUGAAGAACCUGGUUCUGAAGAUAAUCCGAGGCUCUUACCCUCCUGUGUCUGUUCACUAUUCCCAAGAGCUACGCUCUCUCUUAGCGCAGCUUUUUAAACGCAACCCCCGGGAGAGGCCUUCGAUCGGCAGCAUUCUGGACAAACCUUUCCUCUCUUGUAGGAUAGAGAAGUUUCUCACACCACAGAUCAUCGCUCAGGAAUUCCGCCAUACUUUUCUACACAAGCAGCCUAAAAUGGGCGUGGCACAGGUGCCGCCAGCCCAGAAGAUUACAAAACCAGCAUGUAAAUAUGGAGUGCCUUUAGCUGUGAAGAAAGCUGGCGACGGAGCAAAGAAGCCUUCGGAGAGGAAAGCUGCAGUGAAACACAAACCGGCCGUUCUCCCAGCAGCGCCUCACAGAAGGAUCAGUCAAGUGGAGGAAGAAAGGAAAAAGCACGAGGAUGGCAUCAGGAAGAAAAGGAUGGAGCUGAUAGAGAAGGAAAGGAAACGGAGAGAACAGAUGUUCCUGUUGAAAGGCGAGCAAAUUAAGAGAUAUGAGAAAGAAAAGAUUAGUCGAAUAAACCAAGCCAGAGAACAAGGUUGGAAGCAUGUCUUGAGUUCAAGUGGAGGUAGCAGCCCAGAGAGGAAGUGUUUUGUGGGUGGUAAAAGGGCUGCGGGGGUCCAAGCUUCUGUUUUGAGCCCGUAUGAACACCACUACGCCGCUGUGGACCAAGUAGCUAAACCCCAACCCAAAGACCCCAGCAGGGAGAGACCCUCAGCAGGACCUGGCAGUCCCAUCAGAGGUGUGCCAGCUGCUGCCGGCCCAGUGCUGCCCAACAGACCGGCCCGUCAACUUGACGUCAUCAAGAGAGAACUUCAGAGGUUGCACCACGUUUCAAAACAAGCCCAGAUUAGCCGGCAGCGCGGUCAGAUACCAGCCGAGAGAGCCUUUCAGGUCGAGGAGUUCCUACAGCGCAAGAGAGAAGCAAUGCUCAACAAAGUGAAAGCUGAGGGGCAGCUGGGAACCAGACAAAACCUGGCUGCAAUCUAUGGAAGUCGGGCCGGUUCGGCUCGGUUCCGGCGACCUAAAGUCAACAAAGAGGAGGAGGAGUACUUGGCAAGACUCCGGCAGAUCCGCCUGCAAAACUUCAAUGAGCGUCAACAGAUCAAAGCCCGGCUGCGAGGAGAGAAGUAUGACAGUGACGGCUCUGAUAGCCAGGAGUCGAGUGAGGAGGCAGAGCUCAGGAGGAAAAAGAUAGAGGGUUUAAAAGCUCAGGCAAACGCCCGUGUUGCUGUACUGAAGGAGCAGCUGGAGAAGAAGAGGAGGGAAGCGUACGAGAGGGAGAAGAAAGUCUGGGAGGACCACCUCGCUGCAGCUCGAGCUGCCAAGUGCGGCUUUGCACCUGGAAGUGCGGCAGGAGCUGCGUCGUCUUCCUCUGACUGUCCUCCUCCACAGGCCGCGCCGCCGCAGCCCGACCCAGACGCUAAAGCUUUGGCCCAGCCCUCAUCCAAAGCCUCCACCCCCCUCAUCUCCAUGACCGCUGCGCUGGAGAACGUCGGAGCGAUUACUCCUCCAAAGGAGAACUUGAACGAAACUGAGGCAACAGCAGUGACUCAGCAGAGUGAGAAGAAGCAGAUUCUGCGCAGACUGAACCAGAACCUGAAAGCCCAGAGCCCGGUGGACGAGACGGAGGAGACUCCUUCACCGCCACCGGCACCAUCAGAACCGACUCCUGCUCCGCCCCAACAGCCGGACGCUGAGAAACGCCGCCCUUCGGACGUAGAUCGUAAAAAGUGGGAAGUGACCGAGCUGCCUGCGCUUCCUGUGCCUCAGCAAACCUUUGGAGAAACUUGUUCCACAUCGAGCACCACUUUAGCAUCUUCAGAGGAAAGGCCAUGCUCUGGUGGAGACAGGAAGAAGUGGGAGGCAGCGGUUCCUCUCGUCCUCGUCGUUGCCCAGCAGACGCUCGGAGAGACGUGCAUCACAACUACCGAUCAAACGCUGGGGGAAGUCAUACGGAUGGGCGAGCUUCAGGAAGACACUCCCAGGAAGGCGUGGGAGGCGAACCCGGUGUGUGAGGCGAACCCGGUGUGUGAGGCGAACCCGGUGUGUGAGGGGCCGGAGGCGCUUCGGCCGCUCGCUCAACAGCCAGAGGUUUCCACAACGCCUGAUGGUGUGAAAAUCCCCAGUGAACCUUUGACCUCUGCAGUGGGUCAGAGACCGACUGAUGGAAACCAGGAUUCAGGUCAGAAAACGUCUGUGGUAAACACAUCGCUGCUGCCUGGCCUUACUGAUAUUGAGGAUCCAGCCGACCUGGAGUCAGUGAUUUUGGAGGAGAGUCCUAAACAAGAGUCCAAUCCACCAGCUAGUGUGCAACAAGCUUGGGAACAAGAAGCCCAGAAGCAAAUGCCACAUGGGGGCACUUCAGGACCAGCAGGCCCUCAGGAUAUUGAGAAGAGUUCAGAGAAACCGACCGACUCCUCAUGCUCGGCUCAGAACGAAGAGCCGCUGUUUCUGAAAUGCUCACCGGCCCACCGCCGAGCCGCCGCCCUCUCAGUGAUGUCCGCCAAUUCCUCCAUGGACGAGUCAUCCUCUUCUCUGGCCUCCCGCUCACGAUCCGUCUCACCUUUGCGCACCAAGAACCAGGACGCCCUUCUCAUCGGUCUCUCUGCUGGCAUGUUUGAUGCCAACAACCCAAAGAUGCUGCGGACGUGUUCUUUACCCGACCUCAGUCGACUGUUCAGCCCUCAGCAGGACUCCACAGAAGCUAGCAAGGCUAACGUUUCCCCGGACAAAGACCUGGAAAUUGAGGAUCUGGAGGAGGCUGUUAAAGAUGACGACCAAUCAGAUGCUGAGGAUGCGUACGAAGACGAAGAUCUGCGGGACAUCCGGGCCUCGAUGGAGAGACUGCUGCAGGAAGAAGGCGACAGAAACCCUGUAGAUGUUAACGGAGCCGGAGAUUUUAACGGGAACCCUCCACCGGAGGGCGACAGCGAGCUGUUCAACACAAUAGCCGAGCUUGAUCAGGACAACAACCAGAUGGCUGUGGACGACGAUGAAGAGGACGACGAGGAGGAUGAGGACGAAGAGGAAGACGAGGAUGAGGACGAGGAGUGCUCUAACGGGAGUCCGGCAGACGACGAGGCCAGGGAGCUGCUGGCUAAUGGAGACGGAGAGGAGCGGCAAAGUGACGGCAAGCAGCUCAACGAAGAAUGGCAGUCAGAUGGCAGUGGAGACGAUCAGUGCGUGGAGGCUGACCAUCACGACAGCAUCUUCAGUCGCCUGGAGGAGCUGCGCUUCAACCUGGAGCAGCAGAUGGGAUUCGAGAAGUUCAUCGAAGCUUAUAACAAGAUAAAGGCUAUACAUGAAGAUGAAGAUGAGAAUAUUGAACUGGGUUCCAGUUUGGUGUCAAACAUUCUGGGAACUGAGCACCAGCAUCUGUACCCAAACAUCCUUCAUCUAGUGAUGGCUGACGGAGCCUACCAAGAAGACAACGAUGAGUAACGUUCAGAGCAGUGGAGCUGCUGGCGGCUGUCUGACCGUCUUCCCUCUACUGACAGAAGGAUCUAUGCAUGACAUCUGGCUGCCCCUCACAUGUUAGUGACUCACUUGCAUGAUGUUCUAAAUAGAGCACUCGUCAGCAUCAGACAUUCCCUUUUUCUAACCAGUGUUUUUUCAGAAGUGCAUUGUUAAAUCUGUUGGUUUUUUUUGUUUUGUUUUUUGGUAAUCAAAGUUCAUUUCACAAUUCUGUAAAUAUUUAUUGCUGCCUGCAUCCUCAGAUGAACGACACAUGUACGUAUUUAGUUUUCUUGACCUCUGGAGGCGGUACAUGUUAGGGGGGCUUUAGAUCUGUUUCUCUCAGGUGCUGUCUUUCUUUGCCACAUUCAACUUCAAUUUAUAAACCAGGUUAUCGUCAACAUAAAGGACUAUAUAAUGUACUCAAAAGACCAGUUAUACCUCCCUUUCUUAACAGAAUUUCUACCAUAUACCAAGUUACAAACGCUGACUUAAUUUUCCGUAUUAUUUUUACUAUCUGGUUUAAUGCAGAUCAAAGCAAAGCGUUGCCACCAAGGUACUGUAGCAGCACUGGCUUGCGAGACUUGCUUGGUAAGAUUAAGCGACUGUUGUCUUCAAGAUGUAACUUGUGAAGAUAAUUCAUUUUCGAUUAAAUAUUGUAAAUCUGUUUUUUUUUUUUUUAUUUAAUAAACUUUCUAAUAACCUGAA